UGCACCGUGUCAAUGCUCACGGCGUCCCUAUACACAAUUCAAUCGCAAAUAUAUACAAAACACAUAUAUAACGUAAUAUAUAUGUAAUAACAACAAUCACAACAACAACAACAACAGCAACAGAAAGAAAAGAAAAAGUACUGAAACAUUUUUCUCUCUCAUAUAAAGUAUACUCGCUCGCUUUGCUUCGAGUCAUCGCAUCGUGUAAAUCAGAGCCUCGUCGUGUGUUUUUCAGUGCGUUAUAGUGUUGUGUGCGUGGUGUAAUAUAUAUUUUUUCGCAUUCUCUCUCGCUGUCUCUCCGGCUUUUUCUCUCUCUAUAUAUCUCAACUCUCUCACUCUCUCUAUACUCCCUCGUUUUCGUGCUGUGUGUGUCUGCCUUUUGCGCAGUUUAACUUUAUCCCAACACUCACACACACAUACACACACACGUAUAUAUAAUCUCGCUCGCUCCGCGACUCUCGACAACAGUGUAAAUCGGCGACGACAUUUGCCGCCGCAGCUCAGUGCAGUUCUCCAGUGCAGUGUGUGGUAGUGUUCAGAAAGCAGCAACAGUGUGUGUGUGUGUGAAAGUUGUAAUAAUACAUAAAAAUAAUACGUAAAAAAAUAUGUCGCGCUUGUGUCGAAACUGAAGGCCUACAGUCGCCACCGCUAAAGUGUGUUACGAUAUUAAUAAUAAAAAAGUGAUCGUAUACACGACGAUUGUGUUGUAUCGUCAUCAUCCGUGUCCGUCGUGCCGCGAAGAAGAUGUCUCACAUCAAUUGUGUCGUCGUGUGCAGCUGUGAUUAGAGCGGUGUGCAGCCUCCUAUCUCCUCCUCGUGCCCAAGUGUGCAAGUGCGACUUUUUAUAUACACAACACAGUGUGUGCGAUGCUACUGAACUUUGUGCCGCGCAUUAUUUUCGACGACGCGCAGUACAUACACGCACUAGUGCAUAAUAGUUGGGGCUAGUUUGUGGUGUCAGCCAGUAGUAAACAAGCUCGGAGCACGAGCGCAAAGAUAUUUCGCAACAAACUCCGGAACGCGUUCGACGUUUCCUUCUCUCUCGCCUCGUCUCUGUACAAUAAAACGCGCAACAAACACCGUUUACGUGUGUGCGUGUGCAGCAACAGCAGCGGCUACUAUAUAAGCUGUCAUAACAAGUGCGCGUGUGUGUGUUUUUGGUUGCUUUGCGGCGUAAAAACACGACGACUACGACGCGACGUGGUGCGCUCCACGGUCGUCUUCUUCGAGAGUUUAUCGAUAUACGUGCGGAGCACGUAUUUAUACGAAAAGCGAGAGAUAUCGCGUCGCCAGAGAGAGAGAGAGAGCCCCGAGAAUUCGCCCCCUGUCAAGACUUUGCAAUAGAGGACACAUUGAAUGCGACGAAAUCAUCUACCCAAACCACCAAAGAAACUUUCUUAUCACUGUAAUCGUCCUGUCUACGGUAUCAUCGACCUCUGCCUGCUGCUAACCGAUCGCAAUUAACCGAAGAAAGGGGGAGUGAGAGACAGAGUGAAGAAACUUCGCUGCAAGCUCUAUCCACCCCGAUCGAGAGAGAGACGAUAAUUUUGGCGCCCCGGAGCAAGGAAGGCCGCCCGGAAAAUCGACUAUUAGGACUCGCUAAUAGUCGAAAAAUAUGAGCAGGAGCUGUUGCGAGUGCUGUGAAUCGACACGAUAACAACACGGAGACGCGCCGUUGCAAAAUCGGUGAUCGUCGACGUACGGCGAAAAAUAAAAUUUGAAAAAAAAAACAGCAAAAUAAACGAAAAUGCUUCGCUCACUCUAUCACGAUGGCAGCAGUAGCAGGAUGCCGGCCAGAAGAACGAGAUCCAGAGAGACCGACGCGAAAAUCGAGGGUCCCAGGCCCGUUGACGCGUUCGAGGACGAGGAAAGCUCCUCUGAGGAGCUGUCGCCCGAGCUGGAGGAGGAUCUGGGCGAGAUUCGGCUGCGUCUCAGUCAGCAGACGACGAGCACGGACAAUCAUCACUACUGCGAGUGCCAGAAGUCGAGAAGGCAGCAGAACAAUUAUCCCGUGUAUCCGCAUCGUCCGACGUGUCCGCGCUUCGAGCGACUCAGUCCCGAGCAGCUGGCGAGAUUGCGUCAGGGCCCGCCGACGACGCUCGAGGAGCUUCGUCGAGACAUCAACGACGAUAAUGAAGACGACGAGGGUUACAAGGACGAUCGACCGCCGCCGCAGAAGAGAGCAGAAAAAACGUACAGUCACACCUCGACAUUGAACGUGCUGCUGGGAUUGUUUGCGAUCUUGUUAAUGUUGAACUGUUUGCAUCUGUGCUACGGUCAAAACACGUCGUUUCCGAUCCCGCCGCAAUUGAAAGAUUCGUCGUCGUCAUCGUCACAGAAAAAAACUAAUGUGUGCCAAAGCGUAGACGUAAGAAACAGCGUGAAGGAGUUCAGCAAGUUGCAACACUGCCAGGUCGUCGAGGGCUUCGUCCAGAUACUGCUGAUCGACGAGGCCAACGACACGUCCUUCCAGAACCUGGAGUUUCCCGAUCUCGUAGAAAUCACCGGAUACCUAUUGCUGUACAGAGUACAAGGACUGAAGAGCAUCGGCCAACUGUUCCCCAAUCUCAAGGUGAUAAGGGGCCAUCAAUUGUUCACGAAUUACGCUCUCGUCGCGUUCGAGAUGAUGAGCAUGCAGGAGAUCGGCCUGCGCUCGCUCACCGACAUCAUGCGCGGCUCGGUGCGCUUCGAGAAGAACCCGAUGCUUUGCUACGCCGACACCGUCGACUGGGACAACAUCGCCAAAGCCGGCAAAGGAGAGAACGUCAUUGCGAUGAACAUGCCGAUGAACGAGUGUCCGGUCUGCGACAAGGACUGCCCGCCCCGACCCACCAAUCCCGAGGAGAAGCUCUGCUGGAACAAGCAGACCUGCCAGAAGGUCUGCCCGAAGGCCUGCGGCGAUCGCGCCUGCUCGCCCAGCGGCGAGUGCUGUCAUCCGUUCUGCGUCGGUGGCUGCUCGGGCCCCCUCGCCUCGGACUGCCAGCUCUGUCGCGAGGUCGUCGUCAAUCAGACCCAGUGCAUCGACAGCUGCCCCCCUGGCACCUACGAGUUCUUCAAUCGUCGCUGCGUCACGCAGCAGGAGUGCCGCAUGAUGCGCCGGCCGCGCGAGAUCAACGCCAAGCAGUACCCGUACAAGCCGUUCGGCAAUCAGUGCCUGCUCGAGUGCCCGCGCGGCUACGAGGAGAUCAGCGAGAACGACAUGUACUCGUGCAAGCGCUGCAACGGGCCCUGCUUCAAGGAGUGCCCGGGCACCGUCGUCGACAACAUCUCCACGGCCCAGAAGCUGCGCGGCUGCUCGUUCAUCAACGGCAGCCUGGAGAUAGCGAUACGCGACGGCCAGAACAUCGUGCGCGAGUUGGAGGAGAGUUUGGGCAAUAUACAGGUGAUCACGGGUUACCUCAAGAUCUUUCGCAACUUUCCUCUCAUCUCGCUCAACUUCCUGAAGAAUCUCACGGAGAUCAGGGGCGAUAAGCUCGAGAUGAAGGAGUACUCGCUGGUGGUGCUCGACAAUCAGAAUCUCCAGGAGCUGUGGAACUUCACGUCGAGGCCGCCACUGAAGAUCGGCUCGCACAAGGGACUGGCCAAGAUAUCCUUCCAUUACAAUCCGCGACUCUGUUUACAGAACAUCGAGGAGCUACGCGAGCGCACCGGUCUGGGAUCGUUCACCGAGAUCGAGGUCUCAUCGACCAGCAACGGCGACAAGGUCGCCUGCAACAUCACCGAGCUGAAGAGCGUCGUCUACUCGGUCACCUCCAAGGCGGCUCUCAUCAAGUGGGAGUCGUUCAAGCAUCACGACAUGCGCACCCUGCUGAGCUACGUCGUCUACUCCAAGGAGGCCCCGAACCAGAACGUCAGCAUGUACGACUCGAGGGACGCCUGCGGCGGCGACGGCUGGAAAGUGACGGACGUCGCACCGCAAGACGAGGAGAAGAAGAAUCCCCUCGAGACCGCCGUCGACGACAGCGCCGGCGGCUUUCCGUACGACGUGCCCCACUCCAACCCGAUCAAUUAUCAUCAGUCGACCAUCCUGGCGUCGCUCAAGCCCUACACGCAGUACGCGUACUACGUCAAGACCUACACGAUUUUGACGGAGAGGUCGGGCGCCCAGAGCAAGCUGCAGUACUUCACGACGCUGCCCGGACAGCCGUCCGCCGUGCGGUCGCUGGCGAUUUACAGCAACGCCAGCGACACCCUCGUCAUCAAUUGGCUGCCGCCCCUCAAUCCCAACUGCAAUCUCACGCAUUACCGGAUCAUCGGCAAGCUCGAGCCCUACGAUCUCAACUAUCUGAAGCAGAGAAAUUACUGCGACGAGCCCAUGCAAGCGAUGGAACGCAAGUCGCUCGCCGAGAUCGUGGCCGAGGAAAAGCUCAAAGCAGAAAAGGAGUUGGAGGCGUCGCAGAAGAUGAACGAGACGAGCGAGUGUCAGUGCCCCUGCGGCGAGUCCAAACCCACCAUCUCGGAGCAAGACGUAUCGAGCUCGAUCGCCUUCGAGGACGCGCUGCACAAUCAGGUGUACAUCAAGCGCGGCAACAGUCGUAGACGCCGAUCCCUGGAGGACGAAUUAACAGGUCUAGCAGGCGAUGCUAAGCAGCUAUGGAAGAGAGAGCAAUUGGCGGCCGGAGCCAUUCUCGAUUACGUCGUCAGGGAUAAGCGCGAGCACAAUUCUUAUCAGGAGGAAAAUCACAAGGAUAUGAUACAGAACAAGAAAACGUUGAGCAAGCCGUCGAAGAAACCCGUUCCGCCCGAACCGAAAGACAUCAAGGAGGGCGACUCGUACGUACAAUUCGUGCGAGAAGUGCCGGCCAGUUCGUUGACCUUUGUCAUGCGCGAGCUACGUCACUUUGGAAAAUACACCAUACACGUGAUGGCUUGCCGCGAGAAAGAUGAACGAAAUCCUGAACAGCACUGCUCGCCCGUGUCGUUGAGAUCCAUGCAAACGCUGCGCAAGGAGCAAGCUGACGAUAUACCAAAGGGCAGCUUUAGACUCGAAAAAAUGCCGAGCAACGAUAGCACGACGACCGUAAAACUCAUGUGGGACGAACCACCACAACCUAACGGAGUCAUACUCACAUAUCAGAUCGAGUACAAGCGCGUGGACGUGCUUAAUCAUAAAGCCAUUGUCGCGUGCAUUACCCAAGACAAUUUCCAUGACGAGGGAAACCAAUUCGUUCUACCUAGCUUGGCAGCCGGAAACUAUUCGGUCAGAAUCAGAGCCUCGAGUUUCGCGGGCAUGGGUGCCUACAGCGAAACCCUCUACAUCGACAUACCCGACUCGAAUCUGUCAGCGCCAUUCUGGCAGAUCUUUUUGAUCAUACUCUCGAUUCUUUGCUGCAUCAUCGUGAUCGGGAUAGCAGCCGCGUUCACAUUCAGAAAGAAGUUCAUGCAGUCUGUCCCGAGCAUGAGAUUGUUGGCAACUGUGAAUCCCGAGUACACCAGCGCUGUCUACAAGAUCGACGAGUGGGAGGUCCCUCGUAAGAAAAUUAAAAUGGGAAAGGAGCUCGGCAAUGGCUCGUUUGGUAUGGUUUAUGAGGGUAUCUGUAAGGAUUUCAAAGGUCAGACGGAAACCAGGUGCGCCAUCAAAACGGUGAACGAAGGCGCUACCGACAGAGAAAGAGUCGAUUUUCUAAACGAAGCAUCGGUCAUGAAGGGUUUCGAUACUCAUCACGUCGUGAAGCUGCUCGGAGUUGUAUCGCAAGGUCACCCGGUCCUCGUAAUUAUGGAACUGAUGGAGAACGGCGAUCUCAAGACGUUCCUGAGAAACCAUCGACCGGACAAGUGUCAAGACGCGGCGGUGCAGCCCGUCACCCGUCGCAUGGUCUACAAGAUGGCUAUCGAAAUUGCCGACGGUAUGGCGUAUCUGUCGGCCAAGAAGUUCGUCCAUCGAGAUUUGGCCGCGCGUAACUGCAUGGUUGCCACGGACCUGACGGUUAAAAUCGGAGACUUUGGUAUGACGCGAGAUAUUUAUGAGACUGACUACUACAGAAAAGGCUCGCGUGGACUAUUGCCUGUACGUUGGAUGGCACCGGAAAGUUUGCAAGAUGGAGUGUUUUCCAGCUUCUCCGACGUGUGGAGUUAUGGCGUCGUCGUCUGGGAGAUGUGCACCCUCGCGUCUCAACCUUACCAGGGGUUAUCAAAUGAGCAGGUUGUACGUUAUGUACUAGAAGGAGGCGUUAUGGAACAGCCGGAUAAUGUACCGGACAGAGUGUACGCGCUGAUGCGUCACUGCUGGAGACACAAAGCCUCCAAUCGGCCAACUUUCACGGAAAUUGUGAGCAUCCUGCUCGACGCGAUUCAGCCGCACGAGGUGGAAUACUUCAAAACAGUGAGCUUUUAUCACACGACUGAAGGUAUUGAGGCUCAAAAUCAAAAUUCGCAACACACAACGCAAAGAAACGAUGAUGUAUCCUACACCGAGUUCCAAUUGGUCACAAUGGAGGAUCUUCGUGAAGGUGAAGAAGACGAUGAGCAGGCUCCACUGCGACCAUUUGGCGACUUCACCGUGUUUCGACCCAUGUACGUAAAGAACGGAUCCAAUGCUAGAUAUGGCAUUGACGGAUUGGAAGAAGUCCAAAGAGAUCCUGCGAUGGCCAUUGGGGUCGUAGAUCUCGACUCGUCGAAGGCGCCACUACGAGCUGGCUUCGACGAUUUUGAUGGAGUUUCAGCCGGUUCAUUGGCAUCUAGCAAAGACACGCUGAACUUACCGUUCGUCGAGGACGGCGUCAGAUCCAAUAGAAGUGUGCAAUUAGCACAAUUGAAAUCUUCCUCAAAGGGUAAUGUAAGCCAGGGCUCGUUAGGCAGGUCAUCGCUGAGUCCUCAAAGUCCUGGUAUUGUCUCUGCACCAUCCAACUCCGGUAAUCGUCCAAGUCCAUCUCUGGCCAGUAGCGGACGUUCGGAUGCGGACUAUGUCAAUCACAGUCCUGAAGUACACGACGGCCUGCACCCCAACACGAUACAAAUGAACAACCUUCGCGUUUCGUUUGCUUCCCUGAGUGCAGCCGACGCUGUGGAACCUCCACCGUCGCCACCACCAACGGCGCGUCAGCAGCAGCAACAAUCACCGGUACUAACGCAGGAGGUAAACGCAAACGCGGAAGAAACGGCAAAGCCCCUGAACAGCAGUAAUUCGACGAAGACCAAUGAAUUAUCGGAACAGCAGCAACAGGCGUCGCUUAACGGCUACGCCGGUGGUCCGACGACCACGUAGCCUUGUGAAGCGGCCGCCGAACUUGGUCUCGGUGGCAUACGCAGGGCAGUCAGCGCUUAAGCGAACGAUUGCCGCGAUAUACUUACGAGUAUCCCAUGAGAACGUGUCUGUGUCCUAAUACAAUCGUGUUCCUGGAAUACCCAAGGAGUAUUGGUAAAUUUUAUACUGUGUAUACCUGAAAGAGAGCGCGCUGGAUAUUUUUUGAGCUUUUGGUCGAAUAAUUGCGCCUUGAUUUUCUUCAUAUGAGAUACAAUCCGGGGCAGCCUCAAGCAGAUCUAUUAAGAUAUUGCUCCAAAAAUUUAUGCUAAAAUGACUGGCGUAGCAAUAAGAUAUAAGUAAGCAUAAAUAUGUUCGAGAACAAGAGUAUUGCUCGACGAGGCGUCAUCCAAGUUUUCUAUUCCUUUUUUGUUGAAAAAUCGAAUAAGACCAUCUUCCGACAGUAAUUUAUAAAUACAUAAGACUUAGAGGUAGAUAUAAAUCGUAGAAUUUUUAAAACUAGUAGACUUGAAAACAAUUAGCAACUAUAAGACUAUUUAUACGUAGAUAAAAGUAUAUAUAUAAAUUAUGCUGAUUGAUCGUGAUCUAUAUAUAUACUUAUUGAAUUAAAUAUACAUUUAUAAAUAGAAUGAGGUAUGAGUGGAAAGAAUUUAAAAAGAAAACGAGCAAAAUAAGUUACAAAAUUGCACAUAAAAUACGAUGCUCUUUAUUUCCUUUUAUUUUUUUAUCUUUAAGUUAAAGAUAUAAAUGAAUUGACAAUGAUUUUCUGUUAAAAACAGGAAAAAUGAACCUAAACCGCGGUAUAAUGAUACUAUUACUUUUUAAGGUUUUUCUUAAUAAUGAAAUUUUAUGAAUUACCUUAUUAUCACUGAAGUUUCCAAAAUAGAAAAUAAAUAGACGUAUGGGGGUGUAACUCGCGAGUUUCUCGUCUCAAAGGCUUGUACAUAAAAUUUUUCAUACUUUCUGUAAUAAUAAUUAAAAUCGACUCUAUCAUACAGGGGUAAAACUUUUUAUAGUAAUAUCUCAUAGCUUGCAAAUCAUAGUAAAAAUUGUGUAAAUAAUUCCACCAAGUGUUCACGUGAAAUCCUUUUAAAUAUACUGUAACAUAUUGUUAAAGAAAAUUUAAUGAAUGCUUAAAAUUGAAAAUAGUGUGAUCUCGCGAGAUAGUGUGUGCGCGUGUUUAGUAGACAACAUUUAAAUAUCUUAUACGAAUCAAUUCGCUACGGUAUCAAUGAAUUUUAACUAAACGUAAUGAAUUUAAGACUUCGAUCGAGUAAUUGACAGUUAAGAAGUAAAGAUAGAUAGAGAAGUAAGAUAAACUCUUGUUUUGUCCGUUUUAAUGAACGUUUUGCGCUUGAACAAAUUGACAAAUAAUAUAAGUUACGAUAUAAUUCGGGUUGAAAACGUUUAUGAUUGCUUUAUUUUUUGGAAAAUAGUCCAAAUAUUUUAUGUAGCUACGUUAAAAUAAUCAACUUAUAGUAUUUUAGGUAAAUUACUUGAAAGCCUUUUUUAUCUAUAACAAAAAAUUGGGCAGUUUCGUAUGUUAGUUUUAGAUUCGAUAAAUUUUAGAAACUUUUGGUAUCAAUGACGGAAUAUCACUCAAAAUUUUAUUGAUACACAGAUUCAUUUGUAUUUAUUUUUAAAUAAUCAAUAAACGAACUUUUUUCGGCCGUUUUAUCAACAAUUUACUUCGGAUUUUAAAUGUGCAAAUCAAUUUUUUUUCUACAUUUUAUUGUGCAUAAAGUUACACAGAAUUUUUUAUAUGUGCAGUAACUUUUUCUUUCGUGCUACGAAAAGUUUUUUGCAGUUUAAACUUGAAAUAUCAGUAUUUUUUUUAUUAGAUGUGUGGCUAUAAUGUGAAUGAAAUGGGAUCAACGGUUUUCAGCGUUUUUGGGUUUUUAAGUAAGCUGAAAUAUAUUUGCAAGUACCUGCUCUUAAGAUGCACUCAUCAUUAGAAAAAAGACUCGUAUUAAAAAGGUAUAUUAAGGUACAACACGUAUUCGAAAUUGAAUAGAAAAAUUCACUAACUCUGCAAUAUGAAAAUAUGGUUUUGUCAACUUGCCCGCUGUGUUCUUUACUUAGUCAGUUUAGUUCAGCUAUCUUUUCGUUGUAAAGUUAAUAUUUUGGUAGGCUUUAUAUCGUAGGAUAUAAUUGUGCAUGCAAAUAAUGUUGAACUCUAUCGAAUGUUUUAUUGUAAUUGUUAUACGCAGAUACUGCAUUCCUUUACGUUGCGAUGUGAACCGAACGUUUACGAUAAAUUUGAACUGAUCGGUUAACAAUGAUAACUUAGAUACAUUCUCAUUUUUGGUAACAUUUUUACUAUAAAAUUUUCAGAUAACGUAUGUACAUAUUUGCUUAGUUUUCGUUUGUCAACAAUCGAUCAAAUUUGAAGCCAACCUUUGAUUAUGGCUAAGAUUUAAAAUUACUGAUGAAUUGUGCGAGAAUGGUAUAAUUUUGUUAGUCUGAUAUUAGUCUCAUAACGAGUUAGCUCAAAUGAUUUCUAUUGUCAAACUAUCUCAAAUGUAUCGUAUAAAAAUCUUUUCGAACGAAUUAAUUUUAAGACUGUUUUUUAAAGGCUUCUUGGUGCUAAAACUGUCAUGUGCAUAAAAAACGACUAAAAAACCUAAAAACUAUGUAUGUAUCCGUUACACUCGGUUAAUGCAGUAAAAUUGUUUCUGUACGAGGAUAGAAUGAAUUUUUAUGUGAAUGAAUCUAUUUUAGCCCAGUGAGUUGACAAAAUAGGCAUAAAAUUAUGCAGUACUCAACGCGCGUCGUCUUCUAGAGAUCGGUAUAACGAAUCUUUUUUCCAAUGAAAGAUCGAAAAAAAUAGUAUAUCGCACUUUCGCGCAGUUGAUAAAACCAUUAUGCAUAAAAAAAGUAUUACUUAAUGUUCAUGAGAACUUAAUGUUGUGUGUGAGUUAUGAAAGAAUCGUUACAGAAUGGAAGAACAGAAAUACAAAGCAUUAGAAAAACUAAACAGUUACGCUGCGCAAGCAAUGCAAUAUAGAGUAUAGAGAGAAAAUAAAUACUAGACACAUUGAGCCUCAAAUACAAGACUGAUUAGCUAAACUCCUUGUAUAAACGUGUAAUCUCCAAACUAUAAGUUUUAAGCUUACUAUAGUCCGAAGUUAAAGUUUAAAAGGAUGAAAGAUAAUUUUUAAUUUAAAAAAAAUAGAGAAUACACACUUUUUGCGGACAGAGGCGAUAUCUGCAUCUGCGCGCAAAAAACCAGAACUGAUACAAAGCAAAAAAGUUCCAAGUCGUUUUACUCAUCCGAAGAUAAAGGGAAAUAACGUAGAUUCCUUUUUUACAUUCACUUCGCUCAUACUCGCUUGUAAAUGUAAAUAUAAAAAAUGAAUACGACUGUAGUAUGUAAUAUAUAAAAUGUAAGCGAUAUUGUAGCAAAUACGAUUAAUUUGAAUAGUUGUAUAACAUUAAUCGAAGUACCAGUGACCUAAUAGAAAUAUUUUAAUUGUACGUAUGUAAACUUUACAUUAGUGGAAAAAAAUAAUGGGUAUACAUAGAUUUUUCGUAUUACAUGUCACUUACAUUGCUAUAUAUACACAAAUGUACGUUUUUAAAUUAGCUAAGAUUACAAAGAGGUGUGCGAAUAAAUGUGAUUCUGAAUGAGCGUUGAAUGAAUAAUGAUAACGAAUGAUUGCUAAUAUUUAUCAAAUAUGAAUAAAUUAUUAAAACUAUCAUGUCAUUAUCAUUAUGAAUUUGAUUAUAUAUAUAAUGUAUCAGAUUUUUGAUAGAGUUUCUCGAAAAAAGAAAUGACCAAUUCUCAGCUACAGUUUCAUAGAAAAAAUGCGGUAUAACAGACAGGGUUUCCAUGAAAAGACAACUAAAAACUGACAAUGAAUUUUAAUGAUUGUUUAUUGUUUUUAUAAAUGGAAUAGUGUUAUUCAAUGAUUUUUUGCAUCUCAAAUCAGUAUUUAUUAAUAUUUGUCUGAUUGAUAUUUUAAUCUGAAUUUUGAAGAUGCAAAAUAAUCGUGAAAUCGAAAAAACACACAGGGUAUUUGAUAAGCAAAUCGAAAAUUAUAGAACUUUGAAGAAAUGUAAUUUCAACCUAGAAGUUGAAAUUGCAUUGCUUAAAUGUACUCUCUAUGUCUGAUUUUUAGUUGUCUAUUCUUAAAAGAAAAAAUAUUAACAAUUUUUGUGUGAGAAUUAGUCAAUCUUUUUCAUGUAUUGUUCGUGUUGUUACCAAAUGAUUACAUAUUUAUUGAAAUGCCUGAAUACACAAACUUUAGAUAUUAAGCUUUCAAAGAUUAUUUUUUUGUACUAUGCUUCUAUUACCUAAUUGUCUAUAGAAAUAUAUGACACUUUAUAAAUACACCUAAUACGUAAA